GCUUUGGACCCGCGGUUACCUUGGUGGGAGGUGGCGGUGGCGGUGGCGGCAAUCCAACCGCUACCGGCAGCACCAUCAGCACUGUCCUGCAGGUCCGGCGACUGCUGUUGGAUGCCGCAGCCGCCCGCUCCGCAGCCCGUGUCAACACCGCCGCUGCCGCCACCACUGCCGCCCCUUCCUACGUCGCCCUUCAGCGGGCCGCGCGAGCCGCCCAGGCCGCCACCCAGUUCGCCGCCGCGGAGGCUGCCGUAAGGGCGGGGUGCCCGGAUACGGCAGAGGAGGCGCUGCCGCCACUGCCGCCUCCGCCUCCGCAGCAGUCCGCCCAGCCUGCUCCCUCCCUUGCUGACGUCACCACCAGUACGGCAGAAGCCCGGCAGCAGCUGCGGCUCUUCCGGGCGCAUGUGGCCACGCUGGAGGCUCAGGCGGCUGCGGAGGCGGGGGAUGCAGGUGUGUACGACAGGGUUUCGGAGUUGCUGAGCUGCAUGCGUCCGUGGCACCGGGCGGUGGUGGGAAGGCGGG